GCCAGCAACAUCAACUUCCAAGUUCUCGCACCAAAGGAGCUGUCCAAGGCCGAAACGAGUUAUCUCAACGAACGCAACAUGGCGAUUCGUGCUCACAGAAAGAAAGAUGAGACAGCCCAGCGCCAGGGCAACGAGGCAACGGAUGUCGCCACGGCCCAUAUCGCCCACCACGAGGCGCGUACCGAGUACGGCAAGGAUACGACGAUGUCGGCAACCAUGGAGGUGAGCUACACAUGGAGCCACUUCAAGCAAGCCUUCCGCGGCGCCGCCGCUGCGCUUGCAUCGACCGACGCUGACCGGCCAAACACGGCCGACGACGUCAAGAGCAUGGUCGUGUAUGUUAACAAGCAGCUCAGUAACGCGACGGCGAGCGCGGUGGAUGUCGCUGCAGCGACGGUGCAGCCCACUGUACUUGCUUGGGUCACACGCACGAGCUCGAACGGCGCUGUCGACAACUUGGACAAGCGCAUCGUCCAGCGCUACCAUCAGCGAGGUCGACCCGAGGAGUCGCUUUCAGAAGCCAAGGAGCAGGUCGAGUGCCGCGUCUACAAUGUGUAGUGGCAUUGUAGGUUUGAAUCUCGUACAUACGCAAGUCCCUGGCACGUGUCGAAGUCGUGCUCUCG